GAUUUUAUCGCUAUAAAUUCUCUCCUGGUUUGGCUAUGGUAGAGUAGUAUUGCAAGCCAUAGUUACAGUAAUUAUUCAAUGAUGACUACGAGGCUUAUUUUGGUAUUGUUUCUUGCACUUGUUUUUGGCACUGAUGCUAGGAAGGUAGCAAUGGGCAAAAAGGAUGCAUUUCAUGAGGGUAAGACGUUCUACUUUGAUUACUUUCCUGGUUAUGACUUUGGUUCUGGAUUUGGUAGUGGUGCUGGUGCUGGUUUGGGUGGGGGAGCUGGACUGGGAGGGCUUGGUGGUGGAGGAGGGGGAGGAGGAGGUGGUGGUGGUGAUGAAAAUGGUGGAGGGUUUGGCUUUGGAGGUGGAGCUGGAGCUGGAGCUGGAGGUGGAUUGGGGUCUGGAAUUGGAGGAUUUGGUGGCGGCAGCGGCAGUGGUGACAGUGGAAGAGAUGAUCCUUUAGGUGGUGGGAUUGGUGGUGGAUACGGUGGCGGAGCUGGAGGAGGGUUUGGAGGUGCACUGCCUUGAGUAGUAGCACUGAAAUAAUAUAAUCUUGCUGAACUGGUUAAUUAUUGAUGAUUUUCGAUAAAUAGCGUGCCUGGUAACAAUUUUAUAAGCACAAUUUCUCCUAUUUAAUUAACGUGAUUUCUUCCUUCCAGGGAUUGAUCCUCGAAAUUAGGUUGUUUAAUCCCUAAAAUGAAACCAAUUCAAAUGUUGUGGGAUUUUAUUUUAUUUUAUUGUUAUUUUUCACUCAAGUUGUAUUUGAUUAGCUUCUACAAUAAAUAUUAUUAUGAAGUAAAUUAUCAUA